AUGCGCCCGAGUCGCGCCGAAGAGGUCUACCAGGAGGAGCGCGCCAUCAUGGACGCCAUGCAGGAUGCCUGGGAGGCGGAGCGGACUGCCCUGCUGGGCGAGAUGCGCCUCCUCAAGGAACGUGUCCGGUGCCUCGAGAUGGAGAACCGCGCCCUGCGAUCCUCGCCGCCUUCAUCGACCGACGCGUCUGCCGCUCUCGGUGCGUCGUACCGCAGCCCCGCCGACCCUUCUUCGCUACCUCCCGGUCUUGACGGUGCCGCUCGCCGGCCCCAUCACCGCGUCAAUAUCGGCACACCGCACGGCGCCGCUUCUUCGUCAUCGUCUGCCGAGCCGGCAUGGUCCUCGGUCUUGCCGCUCGACCCGAGGAUGCAGCCGCAGACGCGGAACCCAAAGGACUUCCUGGCCCGUGACGUCGUCGAGGGCGGUGAGUCCGACACCGUCAUCGACAUACACGAGGUCGACCCCAAGUUGGAGGGCAUUCCCCUGCGGGCCACGGCCGUCCAGCGCCUCGGCUUCUUUGGUGGGCAGCAAUCUAGCAGGACCUCGGCGGCCACGUCGCCGCCCACCGCUGCUGCGAGCGGCCCCGACGCCGACACCACUGACGAUCCACGACGGCUGGGCCUCGUGAAGCGCAACUCGUCCAGGGACACUACCAUACAGGUCCUCCACGCCGCCGAAUCGCGCAGGCUGACCAUGUACGCCGGACACACACCCAACCACUCUCUCUCACUCUUCCCGACCAUGAGCAUCAGUGCCACGCGUCAAGGCUCGGCGGCCGCGUCGCGGGGCCCCAGCACCCACGGUCUCGGGACUCCACCGCAACAGGCCGCAGAGGAGAAAGUAAGAGGAGGAGAAGACGCCCAAGAGUAUGACACGCUUGGUGACGAGCGCGGCCCGGAAGUAUACGUCACAGCCGCCUACGAUGGUCCCCCGCCAGAGUACCCCGACAGUCAAGGCGAGGUAUGCUACGACGACGGCGGCGGCGGUGACGAUGGCCUACCCGAGCAUCUCGAACCGAUAGAUGAUGUCCGACUCAAAGGUCCCCUCAUGGUCAAAAAUAUCCCUGCCCAGGACGAGAUAUUCUGGGACCAGGUCAACAAGAAGCUGGAACCUAUAAGUCAGGGAAAGGGAGCUCUCCCUGCCGCCAUGAUGGGUGAGGAUGACGACGACGACGACGACGACCUACAUGCUGCUUCUUCCUUUUCUUCCCCUCCUCAACCCCGAUCUCCCGUCGCCGAUGUUACGGACGAGCCUCCUGCCGUCGUCGACGGUGACAAUUCCCCCCGAAACCACCGCGAUGAUGACGCCGUCGACAAGAAUAUAGAGCCUGAUGUCCCCCUCAAGAUCAGAAGCACCACCAACUUUGGCGCACCGUUUGGCGUGGUCUAG